AUGUCCGUGGAUCCUAUUGUUGCAUCAUGUCCAUCGUCCUUUAUAGGAUAUUCAGAUAAUCCUCAAAAGGAUUCAUCUAAUUCAACUUGCACGAAUGUGUUAAUUCAGAAUACAUCAAAUUUCGACAGUAAUGAAGAAUAUUGGGACAUCGGUGAUGCUUCAUAUACGUGUUCACAUUGUGGUGCACUUUUUUGGUAUGAAGAACGACUUGCAAAACCAAAGAAAUCCAAAUUUUCAAAGUAUUCAGUGUGUUGCAUACAUGGCAAGAUUCAAAUUCCUAAGAUGCCGUCUAUUCCACUAAGUUUGGAUGAAUUAAUGUAUUCUGGAGAUGAGAAGAGCAAACACUUUAUGAAAAAUAUUCGUUCUUAUAAUGCCAUGUUUGGAUUUACUUCUAUGGGUGGCAAGAUUGAUAACAGUUUGAAUCACGGGAAAUCUCCUCCAGUUUUUCGUUUGCAUGGACAAAAUUAUCAUCUAAUUGGCAAUUUAAUGCCGCUGGAUGGUGAAACUCCGAAGAAUGAAGUUAAUGAGCUUCAUGUGGACAUUGUUGUUGAUAUUCAGAAUAUGUUGGAUGAAAAUAAUGCUUUAGUGAAAUCUUUUCGAAUGGCUAAGCAAAUGAUUGUCGAAGGUAAUCAUAGGAAUGUCAAUUUAAGAUUGAUUGGCAAACGAGGUAAAGAUGGAAGAACCUAUAAUUUACCCUCUGUAUCCGAAGUUGUUGCUUUAAUAGUUGGGGACUUUGACGAAGCUUUGGGGGAGAGGGACAUCAUUGUUCAAAAACAAAGUGGUGAACUGAACCGCAUCAUUGAGUUACAUCCUUCUUAUCUAGGGUUACAAUAUCCACUUUUAUUCCCAUAUGGGGAGGAUGGUUAUAGGGAAGACAUUGGUUUUGCAACUUCUAAUAAUUGUCGUUCAUAUGGUAGAAAGAAGAUUAGUCUGAGGGAAUAUUUCUCUUUUCGUUUGCAUGAAAGAGAAGAUGAGGCUACCACUAUUUUGUACUCUCGGAGACCAUUCCAACAAUUUGUGGUCGAUGCGUACACAAUGAUUGAAGCUGGACGGUUGAGAUUUGUUCGAACUCAACAAAAGCAAUUGCGGGUUGAAAUGUACAAAGGUUUGGCAGAUGCUGUAUUUAGAGGUGAGACUGAUCCUUCUACACAAGGUAAGCGAGUUAUUUUACCUUCGACCUUUGUUGGAGGUGCACGGUAUAUGAUUCAAAAUUAUCAAGAUGCCAUGGCUAUAUGCGGUUAGUUUGGUUAUCCAAAUUUGUUUAUUACAUUUACCUGCAAUCCAAAGUGGUCGGAGAUUGUUAGAUUUGUUAAUAGUAGAGGAUUGAAAUCAAUUGAUCAUCCUGAUAUUGUUUGUCGAGUCUUCAAGGUUAAAUUGGAUGAUUUAAUAAGGGAUAUUCGACACAAAAAGAUAUUUGGGAAUGUCCAAGCAGUUAUUUACACUGUCGAAUUCCAGAAACGUGGAUUGCCUCAUGCACAUAUCUUGUUUUAUUUAAGUAAGGAUGAUAAGGAGUUUGGUGUUGAGCAAAUUGACAAAUUAAUUUCUGCUGAAAUUCCUUCAUUUGAAAAUGAUCCCCGCUAUUAUGCCUAUGUUGAAGAAUUUAUGAUGCAUGGUCCUUGUGGAAUUUCUGGUCCAUCAUCUCCAUGCAUGUCAAAUGGCCGGUGUGGGAAACACUUCCCUAAAAGGUUUCUUGAUGUGACAACAUUUGAUGAAGAAGGGUAUCCUGCUUAUAGGCGUAGGAAUAAUGGUCGAGUUAUUCUGAAAAAUGACAUUCCAUUAGAUAACAGAUAUGUUGUACCUCACAAUCGUUAUCUACUUCUGAAAUAUGGAGGUCAUAUAAAUGUUGAGUGGUGCAAUCAGUCGCGAUCUAUUAAGUACUUAUUCAAGUAUGUCAAUAAAGGGAAUGAUCGUGUUACAACCACUUUCAUGGAAUCAGGUAUGGAUGUCAAUAAGAAUAAUGUUGAUGAAGUGAAAUUGUAUUAUGAUUAUAGGUACAUCUGUUCUAAUGAAGCUAUUUGGAGAAUAUUUGGAUUUGAAAUUCAGUUUAAAGAUCCACCAGUUGAAAGGUUGGGGUUUCAUUUUGAAAAUGAACAAAGUGUUAUUUUUUCAGAAUAUGAACCUCUAGAUAUUAUGUUGGAUCGAAAAACAGAUUAUCAAAGUAAGUUUUUAGGUUGGAUGAAAGUUCGUGGAGCUACAAGUUAUGAAGAAAUCAGAUUUGUAAAUGGUAUUCAACAUGCUAUAUUUCGGGAUGCCUGUUUUGCUUUGGGAUUGUUGGAUGAUGAUAAGGAAUAUAUUGAUGGCAUUAUUGAAGCAAGUUUUUGGGCAUCGGAAGAUUGUUUGAGAAAACUAUUUGUGACUUUAUUGUCUUCUGAAUCAAUUUCUCGCCCAAAUUUUGUGUGGGAGAGUUGUUGGAAGCUUCUAUCUGAAGAUGUUCUUUACAAACAACGAAGACUAUCCAAUAAUUCAGCUUUGAUGCUGGAUGAUGAUCAAAUAAAGAAUUUCGCUUUGGUUGAGAUUGACAGACUCUUGGUAAAUGUUGGAAGAAGUUUGCGCAAUUUUGAUUGUAUUCCAUAUCCAUCUUCAGAGUAUUUUCAAUGUUCUUUUGACAGAUUGAUGAAUGAAGAAUUAUCUUAUGAUCGUGUAGCUUUGUCAAAAGAUCUUCUGAGCUUCAUGUCUAAGUUCACUGAUGAGCAGCGACAUGUAUAUGGUGUCAUUAUGUUGUCAGUGAAUUCAAAUAUUGGUGGAAUGUUUUUCGUCUAUGGAUAUGGUGGCACUGGCAAAACAUUUUUGUGGAAAUCAUUGUCAGCGGCUAUACGAUCGAAAGGCGAAAUUGUGUUGAAUGUGGCUUCAAGUGGCAUAGCUUCGCUAUUAUUGUCCGGUGGAAGAACUGCUCAUUCUCGGUUUAGGAUUCCUAUAAAUCCAAAUGAAGAUUCAACUUGUAAUAUUAAUCAAGGAAGUGAACUUGCCUUAUUGAUUCAAAGGGCAAAACUUAUUAUAUGGGAUGAAGCUCCAAUGGUCCAUAAAUAUUGUGUUGAGGCUUUGGAUAAGAGUUUGAGAGACAUCAUGCGAAAUAUCACUGAAUCGAGUAUGGAAUUGCCAUUUGGUGGGAAAACUGUUGUUUUUGGUGGUGAUUUUAGACAGAUAUUACCGGUUGUUCCUAAGGGUAGUCAUCAAGAUGUUGUGAAUGCAGCUAUUAAUUCUUCGUAUCUUUGGAAAAGUUGCAAAGUUUUGAGGUUGACAAAAAACAUGAGACUUUUUGGUAUUGCAUCUGCUGAGGAAGCCUCGAAGUUGAAUGAAUUUUCAGAUUGGAUUGCAUCUAUUGGAGAUGGAGUUGUUGGAGAUUCAAAUGAUGGUUAUGCCAACAUAAAUAUUCCGAGUGACCUUUUAUUGAAAGUUGAUGGUGAUCCUUUAUCUGAAGCACGUGCUUAUUUUAGUUCAGAUAGCAUAUCGAAAUCUGACUCGAAUUUCAAUACUUUGUCUCAAGUUCAUGAUGUUGAAUUUCUGAAUCGGUUAAAAUGCUCGGGUACUCCCAACCAUGAAUUAUUAUUGAAGAUUGGUACCCCAGUAAUGCUAUUGAGAAAUAUAGAUCCUUCUAAUGGGUUGUGUAAUGGUACCCGCUUGGUUAUUUCACGAUUAGGUGAUCAUAUUUUGGAAGGAGAAGUUUUGAGUGGGAAUAAUGUGGGUCAUAAAUUGUUGAUACCUAGGAUGUCAUUAGUACCUUCGGAUACAAGAUUACCGUUCAAGUUUCACCGUCGACAGUUUCCUUUGAUUGUAUCAUAUGCAAUGACCAUCAACAAAAGUCAAGGACAGUCUCUUGCUCAUGUUGGACUAUUUUUGAAAAAACCUGUAUUCAGUCAUGGACAACUUUAUGUUGCAAUUUCAAGAGUCACAAGUCGUGAAGGUUUAAAGAUUUUGGUUUGUGAUGAUGAUGAUGUCGGUUCUGAUUCUACAGUUAACGUCGUGUACAAAGAAGUCUUUCAAAAUUUGUAA